AUUGACGUUUCAAAUCCCAGAUGUUGCAACCCAUCAUACGGUCCUUGGUGGUAUCGCAGAGGGCAUCGGGAUUCCUCAGAUUUUCCUUUAGACGCACUUCAAAUUAUUGUAAAACCAUGCCGAAAUCCGCUCUAAUCAUCUUGGCUCCAGGUGCCGAAGAAAUGGAAUUCGUCAUCUCCGCGGAUGUUCUUCGCCGAACUGGGAUCACCGUCACUGUCGGAGGGUUGGAAGGUACUGCCGAUGUGAAAUGCUCUAGGGACGUUGUUAUUAAGCCAGAUGUAGCCCUGGCAGACGCUGCAAAGGAGAAGUUUGACAUCGUGAUCAUGCCCGGCGGGCUUGGCGGAUCUAAAGCGAUGGCCGAAUCGAAACUUGUGGGCGAAAUCCUAAAGAAGCAGGCGGAUGAGGGAAGAUAUAUUGGGGCGAUUUGUGCGGCUCCAAUUGCCUUGGCUGCUCAUGGCAUUUUUCCAGGGAAGACAUUGACCUCGUACCCGUCGAUGAAGGAAAAGCUGGUUGACGGUUACAAAUACAUCGAUGAUCACAAAGUUGUCCAUGAUGAUAAACUGAUCACCAGCCGCGGCCCGGGGACUGCUUUUGACUUCGCCUUAAAAAUUGCCCAAGAACUAGUCGGUGGCGAGAAGGUUAAAGAAGUUGCCAAAGGAAUGCUGCUUUCAUGCUGAAAUGUAACUAUAGUGAUAAGCGAAUUACACAGAUCUACAUCUGCGACAAUUCUAUCGUAACGGCUCCAGUUAUAAAACGGUAUGCAGCUUUGCUUUUAUGAUUUCAAAUUGGUUUAAAGAAAUUAACAGGGAUAAGCAGAAAUAAUAAAUAAUGAAAGAUUGAAAAGAAA